GUAGAUGUAACGUACCGUCUGAUUAGACGUGGGAUAUAAACAUUAACCCCACGAUGUUAUAUCAUUGGCAAAGUGUUCGCAGAAGUGAAAGCGGACACGUUAAAAUUAUAGUAUGAAAACGGCAUGAAACAAUGUCAUUAAAAAGUGCAGUGGUGUUGAUAGUCAGUAAUGCUUGUUUGGAGGGCAAAGAGGAGAAGUGCUUUAAAUUCUUAUUGGAGGAUCUCAACAGUUUAGGAUAUCAAGUGAAGAGAUUCAUUAACAUCCAUGAAGACAAGAGCAGUUUGGCUCAAGAGAUCAACGUGUUAACGCAGAAUAUUGAUGUGAUCAUAGUGAUUGGAGUGCUGGAAACUGGCAUUAUUUAUGAAGGUGUUGCUGAAGCUUUAUCACAAACCUUAAUUCCAAAUGACAAACUGGCUAGAAUAAUAAACAAAGUGAAAGGCUAUUACAAAAAAGAAGAAGUCUCUGUUCCAGUUUCAUCCAACCUGUUAACUAAUGAAAACACCUUGUAUCCUGUCAUUGACAUAAACAGGAUUUUUAUACUAAACAUAAACUGUUUUGAAGAUCUUUAUUAUAACAUUUUGAAACAAUACCUUGUGCAAUACAGAGCAACACCCAUAUAUUCCAAAAAUAUUUUAAUACAAUUGAAUGGACAAACCAAAGAUAAUGUUUUAGUAUAUGUAUCACCAGAAGUUAACAUUAAAUUUAUAGUAGAAAAUUCAACACUUAUUUGUGAAACCACAUCAAGCAACUUUAGUGAAAUUGUAAGAUUUGAGAGACAUCUAAAGGAAGCCUCAAAUAUCCCUUAUUUAGGAUCAAUUGACACAUCCAGAAAUGAUGUCAUUUAUAAUCAUGCCAAGGAUAAUGUCCUUGAAACAUUACAGUAUAUGGAAGAAAGUAUAAACACUUAUGGAGCUGAAAAUAUCUUUCUUAGUUUCAAUGGUGGUAAAGACUGUACAGUUUUGCUGCACUUGUUUGUAAACUUGCUUAGAUUGAAACAUCCAAAAUUCAACAAAAAAAUCUAUUGCCUAUACGUGCGAAGCGAAAACGCGUUUCCGGAACAAGACUCGUUCAUAGAAGAUUGUAAAAUAUACUACAAUUUGGAAGUUAUCACAUAUUGCGGUUCGAUUAAGGAGGCUCUAAAACAAGUUUUACAGGAGAAACCGAAUUUUAAGGCAUGUUUGAUGGGAACGAGGAGAACUGAUCCUUAUUGCGCUAAUCUCAAGAUUUUUCAGAUGACAGAUGUAAAUUGGCCUCAAAUAAUGAGAGUAAGUCCGAUUUUGGACUGGCACUAUUCGAACGUUUGGGAUUACUUACUCUACUAUAAAGUUCCAUACUGUAAAUUGUAUGAUAUGGGUUACACAUCUCUUGGCAACUCGAAAAAUACAAUAAGAAAUCCCUAUUUGAGAAGUGCGUCUUCUGGUGAAGAAAUUUAUUUGCCUGCAUAUAAAAUGUUGAACGAAGUGAAAGAACGAAGCGGUAGAAAUAUAUGACAGUUGUUUAUUAUUGUGAUUGUAUAGGUAAUUGUUUUUGUUAUACACCAUAUUUAUAUUGAAUUGUCAGCAGAAAAUCCGUACUUACUAAAAUUAGUUUCAACUAG